AAUACGAUUACGAUUACAAAAACAAGACAAAAUGGCUGACAAUCGGAACAAUUUCUAUGCUGACCGCGAUGAUAGAUGGGCUCCAAGAAAUGAAUGGAGUUCACACGAUAACCAGCAGUUCGAAAGCAACCGUUAUCAGGGUUAUGGUGAGGACUGCGAAUCUGAAGGUGGGCGACCUUAUCAACAGGAACGUAAUUAUGACAACAGACCAGAUAGACACAGGCCCAGACGAAGAAGAUCACGAUCUCGCUCAAGGUCUAGAGAAAGGGACCGGGGCAAUUUUUCCUCAAGCGGCCGAUCCCGAGAUCGGGGUAACGAGAGAGAUAGGAGACGAUACAGAGAUGAGGAUAAUAGAAUUCGAGAGUUUAGUGGCGAUGCUGAUAGGUCUGAGUCUGGGUUUUACAACAGCAGUAACGACACAGGAGGGGGAAUGUAUGGUGGUAGUAGCAGUAGGUCUACCAGUGGCAGCAGCAAUUAUGAUGAAGGAGGAAUGUAUGGUGGGGGCACCGGCAACAGAUCUGGUAGUAAUGUUGGUUACAGUAGAAAUGAUGACGGUCGGAGAAGUGAGAGACAUGAUAGUGGGCCAAGACAUAAUAGAGACAGUGAACAUGACGAUGACAAUGGAGGAAACAAACGCAUUAAUGGCAGGGAUUGGAAAGAUAAGCUUACAUCCAUCAGGGAAGCCCACUUCAAUCGCAGUAAGCAACCUCCUUCGGUUGCUCAAAACCAGUUUCGCAAUGAUGGUAGCUUCAUGGAAAUGUUUAAACUAAAGAUGCAGCAAAGUUCACAAGGAGAGGACCAAUCCAACGUGACGCCAAAUUCAUUAGUAUUGGCUUCAAAGUCCAUUCCAUUUAGUCCAGAACUGUCACUUCCUCCUCUUACGACCACGCCAACAGAGGAAGUUACAGCAUCAUCAUCUACAGCAACUGAAUCUGAGGAUGUGGAUGGUACACCCAUCCAAAAACCAAUCCGAAUGCCAGUAUCAAUGGGCAAGCGCCGGCUGGCUAAACCAUUAAAGACUGGCAUUGUUCUCAAGAAACCGCAGAAGUCAGAGGAGGCGGAGGGGAGCCAGGAGAAGCUGGACGCCUGGGCUCGCUACCUGCAGGAAGUGCAGAAGUACAAGAGUGCCAAGUGCCUGGACGAGGACGCCAGCCGCCCGCUGGUCAAGUAGGCAGAGGGCUCGCUCUUUGUCUGACGGUCCUGGGUGUGAUGGUCAAAGUCAAAUGGUCAGAAUACAUUGUAAAUAUGGCCAGGUUGUGAAAAGACCGCCGGGUUCUGAAGUCUGGGGAUGAUUUUUAUUUAGAUUUAGAUCUAGGGGAACUGGCUCCGGAACUGCACGCUGGACAAGUUGUCCAGUUUGGGUUUUCCUUUUAAAGUCUGCACUUUUGCAGCCACUAUCUUUUGUCACACACACACUCAGGGUCAAAGGUUUAGCCAGCAACAGUACAUCUUUCUUUUAUCGGGCGUUUGUCAGAUCAGUUUUAGAGCAUGAUGCAUCUUCGUCUUUUUUUUUUGUAGAGAAAGAAGACGAAUGUGUUAAAGUAACAGUUUGAUGCCCCGGUAGACACUGUAGUAAACAUGUUGUUUUGAAGACGGUGCACUUCAGACUUAAGUGAGUAGCGCAUAUGUUGUGAAAAUGAAGAUUCACAGUGGAAGGGAGAGGGGAGGGGAUUGGGUGGUGGGGAAAAAAAGGGAGAGCCUACAAUAAAUUAUGGCACUGGAGCCUCUGAGUGUGAAGAAUGGCAGUUAAAAACUCGAAAUGUGUCCAUCAGUCAGUCUGGCAUUUGGGUGGAAGAGGUACAGUUGGUCCGAGAGAAGAAUGAUGUGUAGUUUAGUGCUAGUGGAAGCCUCUGGGGAGGAGGUCGGGACUGAUUUUUGAGGCUACCAGGAUCUGUUGUUGACAUUUUCCGUGUGUCUUAGGGGGACGUUUUCUGUACAGUAGCAUUUCUCAUCUACUUCCUGUUUGUAUCGUCUGUGGAAAUUAUAUAUUUAUACAGUCUAGCACGCUUGUAGCGGACACAGACAUAGCGAACACGCACACUGUGAACAGAUCUUCAGGUGCAGGCCCCCAAAUUUUUUCUCACAUGUUUUAUUUCCUCUUUGUAUAUAUAAUGCAUACACACCAUAGUGAAAUUUGUAUGUAAAGUAAAGAUUUCGGCGUCCGGCCAAUUUUGCUAUAAGCGUGCUAGGCUGUAUGUAACAUGUGCAGCUUUGGACUUUGCUCAAAGUGAAUCCAGAAAAGAAUUGCCUGUAUUGGAUGUUUUUGUGUUGAUGGUUUUUUUAAAUGUUGGAGUUGAAGUACGGUAGAUGCGAGAAAACUUGUCUGAUGAUUAAAAAAAUCUGAUGUCACUUCCCAGCAUCUGCCUACGGUAGCUCAAGGUUCAAGAACUCGCCUCAUGGGUGCUGUCUGUGUUCACAAACUUCUUUCAGGGAUGACGUUUUUCCGUGUGUUUUUUUUGGUCCGGUAUUGCCUUUAUUUCCUAAAGAAGAAGUUAUUAUUGUAAGCAUUAAAAUUUGUUUUCUGUUUAACCCAUAUUAGUUCUGUCUAUUUCCUUUUUAUUUAUUUUUUUUUUUCCCCAAAUGCAACUUUGUUGUAAAUUUUCAGGUAUUUUCCCGUAGUCCCAGUGGCUUGUCAGCCUCCUGUUGUGUCUGUCAGUUGCCUUGAGAGUUGGCGAUCCUUUUUAUGACUUAAUACAACCAUCACAGUGUCGAUCACAUGGCCAGUUGAAAGACAAUAGACAUUUUUAGUACAGUAUAAUACGUAGGUUAUCAUUUGUGUCAAGAAUAGGUGGAAUCGGGCGCUAGACAAUUUUUGGGCAUUUGGAGUCCUAAGAAUUUUGUAAUUUUAAAGCUUGUUCUUCUGUCUUGCUUCUGAUUUAAAAAAAAAAUUCCCAUCCAUCUUGAACAGAAGCAAAGUUUUGUGAUUGAAAGAGAGGUGGGUGUCUGGGGUAAAAUUAGGGAGAAAAUGGCCGCCAAAGUUUUGUGAUGUCGAAAGCUUAAAUUACUCUUUCUGUGCCUUUGGUAAGUGUUUUUUCAGUAAAAUCCACAGCCUAAAAAAAAUCCCAAAGAAAUUGCCCAACAGACGGAAAAAUGUUGGUGUCAUCAAUUUCAUUACUUUGAUUAGCGCCUGAUCUCGCCUCGAUGCCAUAUAUUUUAUUAUUUGUCACAUCACAAGUCGUGGACAUUUUAUGAUCAUAAUUUUUAAUCUUGGGGUUUCCUUUUUUUAGUCCAGCUAUCAGCGUCUGUGAUGUAAUAGAAUGUUCGCCUUUGCUGGAAAAAGACAGGAGUUUGAUUCUGGCAUGAGAGGGAUAUCUAUUUUAUCGAGAAUCUUGAUUGCGUCUUUUUUGCCAGGAUACCGUAUCCUGCUCAGCUCAGAUUAGCCACGACAGACAAAUUUUUUGAACAGCCAGUUUCCUAAAAUGGUGUAGGUUUUGUCAAUAGAAACAUACGAUAUAUUUGUAAUCAUUCUGUCCACGUUUGACGAAGAACAGGUUUUUUUUUAAAAUUUGUUUUUCUUGUUCGGUAUGUUGAAUUUUCUUUUUUUUUCUUUUU